UCUCACAUCGAGGUUUUUUCAGCAAGCCAGAAUUUAAGCCGUGGUCUUUUAACUUUCUUGAGCAUGGAAGGAGAAGAUUUGUACUGGAUUUUUGGCUGGCUUUUCACCGCCCUGGCGAUUUCUGGAAAUACCCUUGUGAUCUAUCUGAUAAUAGCAAAACGACAUCUUCACAAGAAACCGAACUGGUUUAUUCUGUCGCUGGCAAACGCGGAUUUUUUUGUAGGGUUUACGUACCUUCCUCCGUUUUACGCGUGUAGAAAAUUGUUUCCUUGCAGUCGACACAUUUGGUUUGCGAGGCAAACGAUUCAAUGGUUAUUUCUUUACACGUCUGUGUGCAACCUUUUUAUUUUAACUUUAGAUCGUUAUAUUGCUGUUACAGCACCACUACAGCAUAAGAGAUGCCUAACACUUGGUCGAAUCGCCCUAUUGGCAUUCACCGCUUGGUUUAAACCGUUAAUGUUCCGAGUGUGCAUCUACACCCCAGUUUAUCUCAACGACAAGGAGGUUGCCUUGAAGUAUCUUGUUCCUCUGUUUAUGGUGAUGUUUGAGUUUGUUCCUUGUAUCGCUCUUCCCUUCCUUACGUUUCGCAUGGUUCGCAUUGUGAGGAAUUUGCGAAAGAGCAGAGGAAACUCAGAACAUUUUGAAGAUUCAUCCAGCAUGGAAUUGAGAUCUUCUACGAUUCGAAUGCACGUCAGCGCAGAAAGACGCAGAAAUUACAACAUCAACGUUGUAGUUUGCGUCGUUGUUCUUUUCAUCACUUGCUACUCUGUGAAUCUUUACACCUCUGUUUGUUAUGUUUUCAGUUUAUGCUCGGUAUCUCAAGAAUUAUGGUAUGCUAGAAAUUUGCUGCUGAUUGCUAAUUCUGCCCUAAACCCUCUCGCUUACGCCUUACUUAAGAACGACAUCAAGAGGGCGAUUUUAGCUCUGAGACGCACCCAAUCAAAUAAUCAAGUCAGGCCAGUAUCUGUGGUAAACUGAUUUGAAAAGUGCGAAAAACACAAGAUAAUUUAUCACAGCAAACAGUGACAAAAUGUUGUUACACUGCGGUGCGGCUCUGAGUUGUACAGCGUGCCCGCGCAAAGACAGCCUCGCGUAUUUCUCCCGCGUGCGCGAUGUCAUUUAAGUACACCAUCUACUUUGUGUUACGCAUUCUCGUCCCCAGAGCCACUCGUUUUCAUCUAAGGUUGUUACGAAGUGACCAAAAGAAAACUGGGUCGGUCAAAUGUCUUACUUUUUUGCCAGUAGA